UCCGGCCUCUUUGGUUCCCUGCGCGGCGCCAUGGCGGUCGGCAAGAACAAGCGCCUCACGAAAGGAGGCAAGAAAGGCGCUAAGAAGAAAGUGGUUGAUCCCUUUUCAAAGAAGGACUGGUACGAUGUCAAAGCACCAGCAAUGUUUAAUAUUCGAAACAUUGGCAAGACACUGGUCACCAGGACACAGGGAACAAAAAUUGCCUCCGAUGGACUUAAGGGCCGUGUAUUUGAAGUAAGUCUUGCUGACCUACAGAAUGAUGAAGUUGCAUUCCGCAAAUUCAAACUGAUCACAGAGGAUGUGCAAGGAAAAAACUGUCUGACAAAUUUCCAUGGCAUGGAUCUCACACGUGAUAAAAUGUGUUCGAUGGUCAAAAAGUGGCAGACAAUGAUUGAAGCCCAUAUUGAUGUCAAAACCACUGAUGGGUAUCUUCUACGCCUUUUCUGCGUUGGCUUCACCAAGAAGAGAAACAACCAGAUUCGCAAGACUUCCUAUGCCCAACAUCAGCAGGUCCGCCAGAUUCGGAAGAAAAUGGUGGAAAUCAUGACACGAGAAGUGCAAACAAAUGACCUGAAAGAAGUUGUCAAUAAGCUGAUCCCAGACAGCAUUGGUAAAGACAUAGAGAAAGCUUGUCAGUCCAUCUACCCUCUUCACGAUGUCUAUGUUCGGAAAGUCAAAAUGCUUAAGAAGCCCAAGUUUGAAUUGGGCAAGCUGAUGGAGCUGCAUGGUGAAGGUGGUGGUGCUGGCAAGCCAUCAGGUGAUGAAACUGGUGCAAAGGUAGAACGAGCUGAUGGGUAUGAGCCCCCUGUGCAAGAGUCUGUCUAGAGCUGGAUACAAAAAUAAAAGAUUUAAUAUAAAC